AUGGACCAAGCUGUGUUCGAUCGUGUAGCUCAACUGAUCCGUGCACCACCUGUUGACAUUUCUCGUCCAUUAGCUACUUUGAAACAACCGAUUAAAGAUGUUUUCAUCAUAGUUCUAGAAUCUAUUCGAGCCGAUGCUAUGCCAUUAAAUGAGAGUCUUGCCAACGCUGUCAACUUGAAUUUCACGCCUAAUACAACUCCGGAAACUGUCACACCACUACUUAGCUCUUUAUGGGCGAAUUCUGUACGUACAAUUGCAUCAGUUGCGUCAUCGUAUACAUUAAAGUCUUCUCAGUAUUUUUUGUGGUAUCUAUCCAAUCAAUGUUAA